GUUGCUACUAAUUUUAGGUUCUACUAGAUGAACAUGCAAUGCAUCGAGAACUCUGCUUUGCAGGAAGGUACAUAACUUGUGCCGUAAUUUUGGCUUCGUCGUGUGCGGGGGGCCCCGAGGUGGCAGGUGACUGCCGUUUACUGCUGUUGAUUUACUGUCAUCCACCAGUGGGAUCCAUGCUGGCGGUCGUCGUCGUUCUAGGGAAUAAACUGCAAGAGGGUUUCGGAUCAACUCAUCAUCGGUGCUUGGGCAUGUUCAAUUUAACGCCAGUGAUCCCAUCAGGCCUCAGGUCGCAUCAGUCACAGCCUUGAUAAGCCCUGACAGCCUUAUUUGACAGACAAGCCUGGACAAAGACCCGUUAUAUUUGUAGGUGCCUUGAUGUCCCUUGAGCCGUGUUUUAGUGAUAUGGUACAAUUAGUUUUUUCGUCUGCCUGGUUUACAGCUUGAAUUUCUCCCCACUAAUGAGUUUUUAUACUGGUGUCGUGCCUGCAGACGGCCUCUCUGCAGAGGCUGGCAUAAAUUGGUGA